AUGUUUUCUAGGCCUAAGGAUAGGAACAAGAAGAAAUACUGCAAGUUCCACAAGGAUGUCGGUGAUGACAUCGAGGAUUGCAGACAGUUGAAGAGAGAGAUAGAGGACGUGAUCCAAAAGGGCCAUCUGAGGCGCUAUAUCAAAGAAGAUGGGAAAGACAACUCCAGAGGUCGUAAAACCGCAAGGAGGGACCCAAGGAGAGAUGACAGAGCCAGAGGAGGAGAUGACCGAGAUCGCCAAGAAGAAACGAGCAACAAUUGUAGGGAAGCCAGGAGGAACGAUAACGAAGCUAACACCUCCACUGCACCUGCCAUCCUCACCAUCCUGGGAGGACCAGGGCAGGAGUCAUCGCGCAAGGCCAAGGUGAAGGUACGGUUCGUGGCAGUGGCCGAGGUACCUAAGAAGAAAGCACAGACUGAACCCUUGAUCACAUUUUUGGAUGAAGACAUGGAGGGGCUAAGUUGGCCACACGACGAUGCUAUCGUGGUUCAGGCAGUUAUAGCCAACUGGCCCGUUCACAGAAUCUUAGUGAACACAGGGGCAUUAGUCGACAUGCUGUCCUAUGAGGCCUACUUGCAGUUCGGGUUCGAGCCGAGCACGCCGAAGCCCGAGGCCACCCCACUUUAUGGAUUCUCAGGAGCACCCACCCCGAUCGAGGGGUCAGUGGAACUCUUGAUUACGGUAGGGACCGUCCCCUGCCAAAAAACUAUAAGGGUAAACUUUAUGGUAGUUCGGGUUGCGACCGCCUACAACGCCAUCCUGGGGAGACCAAGUUUGAACGAGUUAGGAGCUGUGGUCUCCACCAAACACUUAAAGGUGAAGUUUUCCACCCCUAAUGGUAUAGGGGAAUGUCGGACUAAGCAGAAGAAAGCCCGGGAAUGCCAUGCGGCCUUCCUAAAGCAGAUCAAGGGCAAUUGCAAGGGAACGGCCUAUGCCGUAGAGGUUACUGACAACUGUGAAGGUGACCAACGCUACCAAUGA